AUGGCGGGCCCAUCAAACUUCCCGGCAGAGGCCGCCAAGAAAGCUCAGGUCCCCGACGGACUAAAAUGCCCCCGAUACUCACGCCGGAUCCAGUCGAAGAGCGAGCCCUUUCAAGGUAGCCAAGACUCGGACGGCAGCGACGGAGAGCUAAGCUCUAUCUACGAGGCCACGGAGGAUGCCGACGCAUUUGUGCCCGUCCGCCGCGUGUCUGCCCCACCGAUGGGGCCACAACUUCAGCCAACCACUCCCUUGCCCCAGGACGCUGCAGAAGAUGGAGGCGGCGGCGAGGGGAAAGAUGUAGAGUACGGGGAUCAGGGAAAAUCGGCAGUUGAUGCUGCGGCAGCGGCUGUCGCUGCGCAAGGGUCGCUGACCCUGGACGCUACCGAGAGAGCGACCAGCACUAAGCCAGUCACUAGUCCUGACAUGGACAAGGGUUCGGGUACCACAUCAUCGAACAGAGGGCACGAAGGCCGACGCGGUGGAAGGGGUUGGGGUCGCAGCCGACGGGGACGAGGGGGGCAGCGGAAGGUGACGAAUGCAUGA